GGGAAGCAUUACAGAUUAAAACUAACACAGAAUUUGAGACGUAAAGGCAGACUCAGCGCCGGCAAAAUUACAGAGAGUUGAGGAGACCAACCCCAAGAAUGUCAUGGCUCCUCAUUCGCUUAAAGGAGCAAGACUUGUCUCGGGAAACAGAUAACAGAUGGCGACUCGUCCUUCACAGUUUUUAUAUCCUUCCUCUCUCAGACGGCUGUCUUCAAACCCCCAUCUUCUUUCGGUUCAUUCCUAUGAUUUCAUUUCUCCUAAGAAGGGAGGAAGAGGAAGGAGGCGAAGUUGCUUUACUGUGAAAGCAGUUUCAGCCAAGCCCACCAUUCUGGUAACGGAGAAGGUAGGGGAAGCGGCGCUCGAUCUCCUGAGAGGAUUCGCCAAUGUAGAUUGCUCCUACGACCUCACGCAGGAGGAGCUCUGCACCAAGAUCUCCCUCUGCGACGCCCUCAUCGUCCGGAGCGGGACGAGGGUUGGUCGUGAAGUGUUUGAGUACGCUAACGGGCGGCUCAAGGUGGUGGGGAGGGCCGGCGUCGGCAUCGACAAUAUCGACCUCGCCGCGGCCACCGAACACGGGUGUCUUGUCGUCAAUGCGCCGACCGUAAACACCGUCGCCGCCGCCGAGCACGCCAUCGCGCUUCUUGUCGCCAUGGCCCGAAAUGUCGCCGCUGCCAAUGCUUCCUUGAAAUCCGGAAAAUGGCAGAAAGAGAAGUUUGUUGGUGUGUCACUAAUUGGGAAGACUCUAGCUGUCUUGGGGUUUGGAAAGGUUGGUUCUGAAGUUGCUCGGCGUGCAAAGGCACUAGGAAUGGAUGUCAUUGCACAUGACCCUUACGCGCUUAUUGAUCGAGCGUAUGCAAUUGGUGUUGAUUUGGUAACCUUUGAUGAGGCCAUAGCAACUGCAGACUUCCUCUCCCUCCAUAUGCCUCUUACACCUGUCACGUCAAAAAUCCUCAAUGAUGAGGCCUUUGCAAAAAUGAAGAGAGGAAUUCGAAUUGUUAAUGUUGCCCGCGGAGGUGUAGUUGAUGAAGAAGCUUUACUGAGGGCGUUGGAUGAUGGAAUAGUUGCACAGGCAGCUCUUGAUGUCUUCAUUGAAGAGCCUCCACCAAUGGGUAAUAGGCUGGUGUUGCAUGAAAAUGUAGUAGUGACUCCACAUUUGGGAGCAAGCAUUGAUGAUGCUCAGGAAGCAGUAUCCAUUGAAGUAGCAGAAGCUGUUAUUGGGGCAUUAAAAGGAGAACUCUCUUCCACCACAGUAAAUGCUCCCACGGUUCCUCCUGAGGUUCUAUCGGAGAUUGCACCAUUUUUGACACUUGCAGAGAAGCUUGGCAAAAUGGCAGUGCAGUUGAUGGGUGGAGGAAGUGGCACAAUAUCUGUGAAGGUAGUCUAUGCUUCUACAAGGUCUCCUGAUGAUCUCGACACUCGGCUUCUUCGUACAAUGGUCAUAAAAGGGCUGAUAGAGCCUGUCACCAAUUUGUCAGUUAACCUAGUAAAUGCAGAUUAUGUAGCGGAACAAAGAGGCCUUGACAUCAUUGAGGAACAAGUGAUGCUAGAAGGAUCACCUGAGAAACCUCUGGAGUCCAUUCAAGUGCAGAUUGCUAAUGUGGAGUCCAAGUUUGCUAGUGCCAUAUCUGAGGCAGGGGAAAUUAGAGUUGAGGGCAAGAUAAGAUACAAGGCUCCUCAUCUGACAACAGUCGGAAUAUUCAAAGUAGAUGUGAGCUUGGAAGGGAGUCUAAUACUUUGCAGGCAAGUUGAUCAGCCUGGUAUUAUUGGUCAGGUGGGGAGUAUCUUGGGAGAAAAUAAUGUUAACGUGAACUUCUUGACUGUGGGGAGAAUUGCACCAACAAAGCAAGCUGUGAUGGCUAUUGGGGUAGAUGAAGAACCUACCAGGGAGGCCCUCAAGAAGAUUGGAGAAAUUACGGCCAUUGAAGAAUUUGUUUUCCUAAAGUUGUAGCUCUUAUUGGCUCUCAUGUCUGAUACUCAAUGUUGGAGAGCCUCUAUCUGUCUUGGGGCAGUUUUUCAACUUUUUUGUAUGGUGACAUUUAACAAUGUUGCCUUCAUUGAGAAAUCUGUCGAUAAAACAUGCGUUCAAUCUUUUACCAAUACCAUAUAUCUAUAAAUACAUGUGUUGAAUAUUUUACCA